AUGCGAAAGCCCUCUUCAGCACAUCGCUCGCGCCGAGCCCCGCCUCUCAAAGACAGUGACUAUGAUCACGAGAUAAACCUUGUCGACCACGCCGCCGAGGCCGUGACUCCACAGGCUCUAUCUCCAGAGCCUGGGCAGCAGCCAGAGCAGCAAGCAGAGCAGCAAACGCGUCCAACAUCUACCACGCCGCAGUCAGAGCCAGAGGCCGAGCCUCGGGCUGGCCCGUCCUCAUCGCAGAAAGCCCGGCCGCGGAGCCGCUCACCACGACAUAGCACGACGAGUAGCGUCUCUGUGACCUCCAGGAAUUCCAAAAUAGUCUCCAAGAAGUCGACCUCGCGGGAAAGCUUGGCUGGGAAGGCAGCCGUCCCCCAUCUCGAGGUCACAGAACCUACACCACUAGAUGGGCCACGUUUACCCCAAGCAGACGGAAACGGCGCCCAACGCCGCAAGCCAACCCCCGAGACUGCCAUCGAUGUAUUAUACGAAAAUGAAAGAGGCGGUUUGCUCUGUGGGAUUCCCCUGUUCUCCCCAAAGGCCCUGGGACAGCUAGACCCACCCAACUGGACCAAUUUCGCCCACAAGCCGAGCCCGACCAGCAUACACACGGCCCAGGUGCCGGAUCCAAGCUGGGUCUGGUCGUGGCCCGAAUGGCACAUCAACAAGGAGGAAGGUGUUGACGAGAACGGCUGGGAGUACAGCUUCAUGUUCGCCAAGGUGUUCUCCUGGCACCCGCCUAGAUGGUACAACUCGUGUGUGCGCCGGCGAGCAUGGACGCGUCAGAGGGUGAAGAGGGAUCCAGAGUCAAACGACCCUCACAUGUUAAAUACAGAGUAUUUCACUGUUCGGCGGAGCGUGGACACGGCACGCAGCGGUAGCAAGGCAAGCAGCCGUCAUAGCCGGGCCAGCCCCAGCGUUUCGUCGUGGAUGUCAGCUGAGGCUGGGGAAAAGCCGGACAUUGAGGACAUCGAGACCCUGAUGGCCAUACUCAGCCGGUCACGGAUUGACCGCGAGAAGAUUGAGGCGGUGGAGAACUUCCUGCAGCACGGAGGGGACGAGCUGGUCCACCUCCAACACAAGAUGCACGACAUCAUGGCCAUUUUUGUGUUUCAGGCCUCGCGGAGAGUGCUGCUGUCCAAGCUGAACGAGGUCUUUGAUGAGACGCAGCAGGCAUUGAAGGAGAAUGACACGGGAAAGCUACAGCGGAGAAGUAACAAUUUGAAGGGCGCGAUACGGCAUGCGGACGAGGAGUGCAGGCGGCUCGAGUAUUGGAGCGAUGUCAAGAAGCUCGUCAGAGAAGGAAACACGAUGGCGACGGAUAAGUGUGAAGGGUGGACUGAGGACUGGCGCGGACUCGACCAGAGCGGACCUGCUGAACCAAGCAGAGAUAGGUGA